AUGUCUGCCUACUUUCCAGAAAAAGUGAAUCGUCAAUUAGCAGAUAUUAAGAAAGCCUGUGUCAUCCUUGGUGAAGAUGAAACUGAAGACCCAGAGCUGGUUCGUGAUUUGGAGAACAUGGGUCUUUCGGUACAGUUUUGCAACACCUCUCAGAUAGAACUCCAGCGGAACGACAGCAAGACAAUCAUAGUGCAGGACUUCUCAUCGUUUCUGGAAACCCGUGACCCAGUGCUGCUGUAUUACGGUCCGACUUGCAUCAGAAGGGAGGCGACUCUCACCCCGCCUGACCAGAAACCUCAGCUGCCUUUCUCGGGACAUUCGAUGCUCACGACUCUACUCAUCAACUACAAAUGUUGCGUGCAAGUCCCGAAGAAGAGUCAGGCGAAAGUCAGAGCCCAGGUCUACGCGUUAGGGGGUCGUUUCUCGAAGAAAUUCCACGAGGCUACCCUGUUGAUAACCCCGUACGCAUAUGGAGACCAAUAUAAACUCGCACAGAAUUUCCGAAUUCCCGUUGUGACCCCUGCCUUCGUCGAAGACCUAUGGAAAAUAAGGGACAGUCUGGAUUUCGUGGUGACGCAAGAUUUCGUAGAAAAACACCGACUCCCUGUGUUCUCGAGGCUGAAGAUUCUCUUCUACGGUUUCGAAAGCAGCCUCAGGGACGAGCUCACUCAUCGAGCGAGAGCGAACGGCGCCGCGAUCGUCAAUCAAAUAUCUCGGGAAGGAACCUACAUCGUCGUGGUCAAGCGGGAAGCCUGCUCGGUUGAGGAUCUCCUCGAUCUAGACCAGAAAAUCGCGCCCGAGUCCACGAUUGUGUACGACGAUUGGUUCCACGAGUCGAUCAAAGAAGGCUACGCCCUCUGCGAGAAGCAGGAGAAAUUCAAUGUCCGACGGACGGCGCUGCAAGGAAUACCCCGGACAGUAUGUAGUCCGACCGGAGGACGGAAAAGAAACGCGGAGGCGAGUCCGGGAAUGACUCCCAAAUCUAAGAAAUCCAUGGAGAUGGAUCGAUACCAAAUCCUGUCCCCGAGAGUCCGGGAAGUCGCUCGCUCGGAGGUCAGUCGCUCGUCGUCUGCGGGGUGCUCACCCGGCGGAGCAGCGUCACCGAUCCGACGUGAAAUGAUCACCGAUAGACGACAUCACAUCCUCCUGGAACUCCGAGACACCGAGAAGAAUUACCUGGAGGUGCUCCGUUUCAUCAUGCGACAGGUCGAUACGAAGCUCUGCGUCCGUGAGAAGAAAGGCGGCGGUUCGGUUGGCUCUACGGUAACCCCUAGCGGGGACAGCAUGUGUGCUCCUGCGGUCCCGGAAAAAGAGAUAAUUACUCGCUUCGAGAAACAGGAGAUCUUCAAAGAGAUUCCGAACAUCAUCUCGCUCCACGAAGUGCUGCUGCAGAGGAUCGAAGAUGCCAUCAACGUCAUGGAUUUCAGGAACAUCGCAGCGAUUUUCCACGGCGAAGAUGCGUGCGGCAUCAUUCCCGAUCCCGACAACGCGAGCAAGACUGUGCGGAGACGUGCGUCACGCAGGAAUCAGGAGAGACCCGUCAAGGAGAAUAACAUUGUGGCUGCGUAUGAAACGUUCUUGAACGGAUUGGAGACGAUCGUCGAGCGCGUGAAAACGUUGACCGCGGAAAAUCCGCAGUUCGCCGAGUUCGUGAAAGAGGUCGAGCGUCAACAGGAGUGUAAACGCGAGAAGUUUCUCGAGCUUCUGAUUCGGCCCGUUCAGAGGUGGCCUUCGAUAGUGAACAUCCUGAAGAGCUACAGCAUCGAGAGCGAGAAACUCGCCAAGAAGAUCGAGCAGGAGGCAGAUCCUGACGACCCGCAGAGGCGUAAAGAAGCGGCACAGGUUCGUCUUGGUGGUCAGGAUGCGCUCCGAGUUUGCCGCUUCAUUCAAGCCUCGCUCAUGCAAAUGAACGAAUCGAAGCACCAAACCGCUCAAAUCUGUGAGGCUCUUAAGACUCAGAGUCUGAUCGAAGACAUCCCGGCGAUGUAUUGGUCCAAACAGUACACUUUGUCUCAUCAAUGCGAUGCAACCCUCAUUGGAGUUUCGGAGUCAUACCCUCAAGCUGCGGGUCAGAAAUCGCUCAAGAACGUUGAAGUUGUGUGUUUCUUGUUUUCACACGGUCUUGAGAUCGCCCGCAAAAAAAUUGGGAAACACCACAUCAAGCCGUAUAAGCACGUCGCAUUCAUUCACUUCGACAAAAUGUACUCGAUAAUCGACAGCUUGGAUUCGUCCCUCAAACGAUACCUUGAAAUCGUAUUCCGCGAGCAGCGCAAGUGAGUUGAGAUCAAAAUGGUAGCUCACCGAGCGGUCUGCGAGUCUGAAUCGGACACAGUCUCCCUUGGAGGUGGAUCCGACCUGGUUGGACCGGAAACUACCGAGGAGCGAGUUCUGCUCGACCUGAAGGAUGUCGCGAGCAAGGACGGUCUCCUCAAGCUAAUGGAGCAGGAAUACAAGGUGAAUACUUCUUUCGCGCGCAUCGAGCGCAUUUCGGUAUCCGAGCGUAAAGAAGGAGUACGGACCGAUUCCCUGCUGCUCAACUUGCCGACCGGGUCUCACGGUACCACGCCAGUGACGCAAUUAGCUAGAUCGCUGUCCAAUGUACCAGAAAUGUCGACCCCGAAGAAAUUGACCCGCUCUUUCAGCAAUCUUAUCAAGAGGGGUUUCCAAAUCGGCAGCAAGCAGCGUGAGGAUGUACCGUCAUCCAACUCGCCGUCAAGUUCGAGCAUCGGUCCUCUCAGCCGCAGCCGACAUACUGUGAGUAUAUCAACGACUUCCUUAAGACCUCGCUUCUUCGGAGGCUUGAGUCCUUCAUCUAAUCAGCAUCGUUCUUCAAUGUCGCUGCUAUUACGGGAGAAUUCCCCUGAGAAUCAGCCCCCAUCGCAACCCGAUGAAAAAUCUGAAGUUGACACGAAACCGAACGCCAAACGCAAAAAACUCGAUGGCGGAUUCGCGCUGCCCGUAGGUCGAGCCCCCAUCUCUCCUAAGUGGGUUAGGCGGUCUCUGAGUAUUCCGAGAAAGAAUCAGGGUUCGAAAUCCGACAAACUAUAAGCGUGAUUUGACUCGAAGUCUGACUGCGCCUAUGGUUCAGUUCAUGAGCGUUCAUUACUGCUUUGGAUCUCGACCGCUCGCGGAGCCUCUACUCGAGGUGUAUACUGUUAUUUGCGCCAAGCAAAAAUUAUUGAUACCGAUUGGAGUCACGUCGAUUGGAUCAGCGGUGUGUAUGUGUGUAUGAUCAGCAUCCGUC